AACGAAUCCGACGCGAACUGCGGCAGAAUCCGGGUUAGGAGCUACUUAUCGCCUAGGAUAGUCAAUGAAGUGGUUGCUGGCCUCACGGAAGCACAAAAAAAGUUGUUCGUUGAAAAGGACUUUGGCGCCAUGCUUUCACUCCCAGAGAUUGUGAACGUGGACCGCCAGUAUAGUUUCUGGAAUGCGACUAGGAUAGAUCCGGUGAGGAAAAUAGUCCGAAUGGGCGAUGGCAGUUCUCGUCCGGUGACGGCUAGCGCUGUUAGGGACGUAGUCGGGCUGGGUAUGGGUGACAGGGAGAUCCCAUUCCCGCAUGAACCGAGCUGCGUCGAUCGGGAUAUCUUCAAAGAUGUGUGCGUCGGGUUGGGGCUUGCUGAAACGGUGGAUAGGAUUAGCUUGCAGAUGCUACAGUCUAUUCUUGCUUCCCCCGGUGAUCUGAGUAUCGACUUUGAGUCCAACAGGCAGUGUGCUGCAUUUGCUCUUCUUUGCACUACUUGCUUGUUCAACCCCAGAGUGAAUCAGAGGGAGGACCCGAUCAGCCCGGAAGUUUUCAUUGUUGUGCGUGAUCCAUCCAAGAUGUCUGAAUUUGAUUGGUGUGGAUAUAUUAAAAAUGUUAUCAUGGCUGGGGUUAGUAAAAUGCACGCAGAUCUGAAGGCCGGUGCAGUGGCAAUGCAGCUACAAGGGUUCGUGAUGAUUCCCCAGAUAAUCACAUUUGACGCGAUGGUGGCUGGGCGUGGGUUGCAACCAGGGCAUCCCCGCAUAGCGUUGUACACCGCCUCAGACUUCCAACUACUAGCUGGUGUGGACGCUGAUCGUCGGGUUAUAGGGGGGCACAGGUUAUACGGCAAGGCGAGGUUGAGGCCUGUCAGUGAGGAUGUCGUUGCUGAGGACUUGGUGUCGUGGUUCUAAGCCUGACAGUAGAGUGGGGGGUAGGUAUGGAGAGGCAAGGUCCUAGCUAUGGAGAGGUUGUAAGCACAAAAGAUGUACGAGUUCAGGCCCUUCUCGGAAGAAGUAA